AUGGAGGACAAAUAUGUUGGGCUAUUACUGGCAAUCACUUCGUCGCUUGCCAUUGGAAGUUCUUUCAUCUUGACCAAAAUGGGGCUCAAUGCUGCGUCGGCUCAGAACAAUUUUGAAGGUGCUGGCUACGAUUACUUGAGAAAUCCGGUUUGGUGGGGAGGUAUGAUCGCCAUGGGUGUAGGUGAGGUGGCGAAUUUUGCAGCAUACACGUUUGCACCUGCCAUUAUGGUGACUCCGUUGGGUGCUUUAUCCGUGAUUAUUGGUGCCAUUUUAGCAGCGAUUUUUUUGAAAGAAGAAUUGGGCGUUCUGGGCAAGCUGGGCUGCACAGUGUGCUUGUUGGGAUCUGUGAUUAUCAUUUUGCAUGCUCCAUCGGAUAAAGAUAUCGAAACCGUAGACGAAAUUUUGGCAUAUGCUAUGCAACCUGCGUUUUUGUUGUAUGUGUCAGUUGUAGCGGUUUUCACCCUAUUGAUGGUUGCGCGUGUGGUUCCCAAAUAUGGUACUAAAAAUCCAAUGGUUUACAUUUCGAUUUGUUCUUCAGUGGGUUCGAUUUCUGUUAUGUCGAUCAAAGCGUUUGGAAUCGCUUUGAAGCUUACGUUCAGUGGGAAUAAUCAAUUCACGCACGUAUCGACUUACCUUUUCAUCAUCGUGGUAGUGGUUUGUAUCAUGACCCAAAUGAAUUACUUUAAUAAAGCCUUGGAUCAAUUUGACACUUCCAUCGUCAAUCCCUUGUACUACGUCACUUUCACUACGGCGACGUUGACCGCAUCAUUCAUUUUAUUCCGUAAUUUCGAUCAAAGUGAUACCAAGGACUCAGUCUCACUUGUUUGCGGGUUCCUCAUCAUUUUCACAGGUGUUUAUCUGUUGAAUCUCGCUCGCAAGAAGAAUCACGACAAACUGUUUAGCAACCAGACUGACGUCGAAAACAUUCCUUUGGACAACAAUGUCGGUGGAUUUACUGUUAGAAAAUCUUUCCAGGGCACGCACCAUAGAGUCGCAUCUCAAAACUAUCAGAGUGAAGAAAUGGUGCAUCUUACUAGAGACGACACGGACGCCGACAUUGAUCGGUUUAAAAUCUGA